AUGCUCCGCGCCCGCCCCAUGCUCGCGUCCUCCCUCCGCAGCAUCGCGCGCAUCCCGACACAGCCAUCCUCAACAACUCCAACCCUCGCCGUCUCCCGGCCCAUCAUCGCCGUUGCCGCACGGUUCGCCAGCUCCUGCUGCAGCUCUGCCCCUCCAUCAAACGCCUUGGCGUUGAGGACCUCCUCCUUGUUAUCCCCCCCUUCCUCCUCCUCCUCGUCAUCCGCCUUCUUCACUCCCUCCGCCUCCCACCUCUCGCCAUCGCCAUCCUCACACUCCUUCACCACCCUCAGAAUGUCGCCCGACGGCUCGCCCCCCUCGGCCGAGGAGGUCUCCAAAUAUCUCCGCCAGUCCCACGACCGCCUCUUCGAGCACAACCGCGCCUGGGCCGCCGAGAAGGCGGAAAGGGACCCCGGCUACUUCGCCAAGCUCGCCGAGGGCCAGUCCCCCGAAUACCUCUGGAUCGGCUGCAGCGACUCCCGCAUCCCCGCCGAGCAAAUCACCGGCCUCGAGCCCGGCGAGGCCUUUAUCCACCGCAACAUCGCCAACCUCGUCUGCAACACCGACCUCAACGUCAUGAGCGUCAUCAACUACGCCGUGCGCCACCUCGGCGUCAAGCACAUCAUCGUCUGCGGCCACUACGGCUGCGGCGGCGUCAAGGCCGCCAUGACCCCCAAGGACCUGGGCCUGCUGAACCCCUGGCUGCGCAACAUCCGCGACGUCUACAGGCUGCACGAGAAGGAGCUCGACGCCGUCGCCGACCAGGAGCAGCGCUAUAACCGCCUCGUCGAGCUCAACGUCGAGGAGCAGUGCCGCAACAUUAUCAAGACGGCUGCCGUCCAGCAGAGCUACGCCAAGAACCAGUUCCCCAUUGUCCACGGCUGGGUCUUUGGCUUCCACGACGGCCUGCUCAAGGACCUCAAGAUUGAUUUCCAGGCCGUCCUGAAUGACGUCCAGAAGAUUUACAAUCUGGCUGAUGCCUAG